AUGAGCGGCGGCGCGGUGAAGGGGAUCGGCUUCUUCGAUAGCCCGUUCAGCCACCGCGCGGAGGCGGCCUUGAGCCGCAAGGGAGUUCCCUACGAGCUCAUCCUGGAGAAGGACCUGCGCAACAAGAGCGAGCUGCUGCUGCAGCACAACCCCGUCCACAGGAAGGUGCCCGUGCUCCUCCACGGCGACCGCCGCGCUGUCUGCGAGUCGCUCGUUAUCGUCGAGUACGUCGACGAGGCGUUCCAGGGCCCGCCACUCCUCCCCGCCGAUCGCUUCUGGGCCCGCUUCAUCGACGACAAGGCAACAUGCUCGACGGAGUUCUGGCUGGCGAUGUGGACGGAGGGCGAGGUGCAGAGGGGGUUCGUGAAGGAGAUCAAGGAGAACCUGAAGCUGCUGGAGGGGCAGGGGAAGGGGAAGCGCUUCUUCGGCGGCGACGCCGUGGGCUACCUCGACGUCGCCGCGAGCGCGUUCGCGCACUGGCUCCCGGUCUGCGAGGAGGUCGCCGGCGUCAGCCUGGUCACCGCCGAGGAGUACCCGGACCUGUGCCGGUGGGCGAAGGAGUACACCUCCCACGAUGCCGUGAAGCAGUGCCUGUCCGACAGGGAGGAGCUGCUCGCUCGUUUCAGCGCCAGGAAGGACUCGUUUGUGGCCACGGCGAGGAAUGAUAUUGAAAUAUCAUCAAACUACAUGAUCAUGAUGAUCUAG